ACUAUGACCAACUGCUCUCUGUCCCUAUCUUUCUCUCCAGUUUCCAGAAACCUCUGCUUUCUGGGUGCAGUAUUUUAUCUCGUCUGUGUUUUCUUUUAUUAGGUAAGCGUCACUCACAAAUUAAUCGAAACUCUUUAUUAAUUUGCUACUGCUGCUGCUGCUUUCAUUUGUAUUCUCUCUUGACUUGUCCUCCCUCUUUCUCUCCCGUGAGCUCAUCAUUGUGGAAUGUAGCUUUGCUCCCCACACACAGCCCACAAGAAAAGAAAAAAAUACACCUUCCUUUCUCUCUCACUCGACUCCCACCCUGCACCAAACAAAUCUCCGCUCAAUUUCCCCUUCUGGGUUUGCUUCCAAGUUCCGACCUUUCUCAGCAGGCGCUUAAAUUUCCCUCUCACGCUGCUGCCUCUUGGUUCGGAGUUAUGGAGUCAGAGAAUGGUGAAGUCAAGUCGAAGAUGGAAGAUUAUGAGGUCAUUGAGCAGAUUGGAAGAGGAGCUUUUGGCUCUGCUUUCCUUGUUCUCCACAAAGCUGAGAAAAAGAAGUAUGUGCUGAAGAAGAUUCGGUUGGCUAAGCAAACCGAGAAGUUCAAACGCACAGCUCAUCAAGAGAUGAACCUAAUUGCCAAGCUAAAACAUCCAUACAUUGUGGAGUACAAGGAUUCUUGGGUGGACAAGGGGAAUUGUGUGUGCAUUGUGACCUCACACUGUGAGGGAGGAGACAUGGCUGUACUUAUAAAAAAAGCUAGAGGAGUUAUCUUCCCGGAGGAGAAAGUAUGUAAAUGGAUGACUCAGUUGUUGCUAGCUGUGGACUACUUGCACUCGAAUAGAGUCCUUCAUAGGGAUCUGAAGUGUUCCAACAUAUUCCUCACAAAGGAGAAUGACAUCCGCCUUGGUGACUUUGGACUGGCAAAACUACUGAACACAGAAGAACUUGCCUCCUCGGUUGUUGGAACUCCCAAUUACAUGUGUCCUGAACUCCUGGCUGACAUCCCUUACGGGUACAAAUCUGACAUCUGGUCACUUGGAUGUUGUAUGUUCGAAAUCGCAGCCCAUCAACCAGCCUUUAAGGCUCCUGAUAUGGCUGGACUUAUCAACAAAAUAAACCGAUCGCUGUUAUCUCCUCUUCCAAUUGUUCACUCUUCCUCACUGAAACAAAUUAUCAAAAGCAUGCUCAGGAAGAAUCCAGAACACAGACCAACAGCUGCUGAACUUCUGAGGCACCCACAUCUGCAACCAUAUCUAUUCCGUUGUCGUAAUGCAUCAGCUGUUUUUCUUCCAAUACUGCCUUUAAACAACUCUCCUGAGAAAUCGAGAAGAAAAUCGCUGACUAGACGGCUUAGUGGUGGAGGGCCCAGCAAUCCCGCGGUGAGCAGAGAGAUCGUAGAACAAAAUGAUCACAGCCCACCUGAGAGAUCAAAUGGCAAUGCAACAUCAUCUACUUCUAGUGCAGAUGACAACAUCGACAUGAAGACAGCUGAUUCCAAAACAUCUGAUACAAUCACAGGUCCUAAAGACAGUUCCACCGACUCUGAGAUCAGUGUUUGCAAUGGUGGAGGAGAGAAGCAAAGUGAUGAUUCGAGAGGUCAUCAAAAGGAUGUCAUUGAAACUGAAUUUGCCUCACCAAGUUCUCAGCAGGAACCUGAGAACUUUCAGGAACCACAAAAUGUGGAGAUCAAUGUCGUCACUGAAAGAGAAGAAGAUUUCAACCUACACGCUUCUGAGAAGGAUCAAGUAGAAAUACCAAAUGGCACGACAGAUGAAAAUUGCAGAGAAGAACCGGUUUCUGAGGAGGCAUUGUUGUUGCCAGCUGUAAAUGAUGAAGCUCCUUCCACGAAGUUGCAGCCAACACCCCCUGAAAACCAACCAGAGUCCCAAAAUCCAGUGUCCCCCAGUGUUCAUGCAGUUGAAAAGAGUCUUUUAGAUCUGCAUCCAGCAGGUAAAGAUGAAAAUGGAUCGAAUCCGGAAAAGACUAGGAAUGAUGAUGAUCAUCACAGUGGCGAAGCAGCCAAUGAUGAGGCAGGGCCACUACCACCUACAGCAAACCACAUCUCGCUGCUACGAACGCUCGCAGCAAUAAACGAUCAGAAGGGGGAGUGGGGGACUCCAACCCAGCAAAGGGCCGAUGCAUUGGAGUCAUUGCUCGAGCUGUGUGCACGUUUGCUUAAACAGGACAAGGUCGACGAGCUUGCUGGUGUGCUGAGGCCAUUCGGAGAAGAAGCCGUGUCAUCGAGAGAAACCGCAAUUUGGCUCACAAAGAGCCUUCUUUCUCAGCACAAGUAUAAUGGAGAAGGCUCCUCAUGAAGAAACUGUGUCUAUACUUAUUAUAUAUGUGUAUACAGGCAAAGCUGAUCACCUAUGUUUGUGUUAGGUUUCUGCUAAUGUUUGAUGGUUUUGUCCUGAAUGGUUCUUCUACUUACCAGAGAGUGUUUGUAUUGUAUGAUUUGUGAGCUUCUGUUGUAGAAGAUAAUUGGUCACAAUUUAACGUUAUUAAGAAUGCGAUUAGUCUUUGAUAGGCUAUAAAAUUUACUUUCUGGAGCAAGUAUAUUGAUGAAGUGGAGCUAUGCAAUAAUUUAAUAAAUUAAUUAAUUAAUACCCUUUGAUUUUUUCAAUAUAAUGCCACAAAUCAAGGUGUGUUGCAAAUUACAAAAGAAACAUAAAUGAAAAGAAGGGAGAGGAAAAACCAAUACAAAUGCUUGAAAUUACCUUACUAUCCUCUCAAGUCUCGACCAAUUUCCCCUCUUUAAUUUCUCGCAAUUUCUUUUGUAUUGGGUAUUUUGUUUUUCUACUUUUUUUUUAUUAUUUCAUUUUUUUCCAUCUUUAUUCAUGCCCACGUGUCCUCUCUCUGGGAAUUUUCACAACUUACUGGAAAUAAUAGGAAACGAGAGAGACGAGGGAGGCUCCAACCAAAGUCCCAAAGGCCGGCAACGCCGAGCCGGCAGCACUGGUGGGCCCAGCAGCAGGCCCACCCGCAGCAGCAGUAGGCCCGCCAGCAGCAAGCCCAGCAGCGGACGCAGCAUCGGCGCCGCUUGGGCCGGGGGCGGGAGCAACUGUUUCAGCAGCCAUGACGGUGCUGAGGGAGGCAGCGGCGAAAACGACGGCGCAGCAGAUCUUCUUCAUGGCCAUGGUUGAAAGAUCGAAACGUUUCUUCCAAACGAACAAAAAGACGAGAAGAAGACUUGGCUUAGGCGCCUGGAUACGGCACCUGCUUUUUUGUUAUUGGGUUUUUUCCCUUUAUUCUUCUUUAUUUAAUAAUUUUCUGUUUGAGCAGGUCUGAAGAUGGCGAUGCGGGUUUGUGAACAAUUUAUAGGGAAAGCUUUGAAGCUAU